AGCGGUUCUUAUGCUUCGGCUAAUUAAUCUGUAAUCGAAAGACCAUCACCCACCAGCUGAAAGCGUGCUGCAGAUUCAAACCAAAUCUCUUUUCUACAAGACGGAUCUCGAUUGCGGAGUGUUGGAGUUACCCUGCUCUCCAAAUUCUGAUUUGGUACAUGUGAGAGAUUUUGUGACUGCGAGAGAAUUAUGAAUUGAAGUUUGUGGGGGAGAGAUGAGUGUGAGCCAUGCUUCGGUUCAUCCCGUUGAAGAAGUUCCUGCAACUGAAGGCGAAGGUGGUAACGCUCCCAGAGUCAGGAUGAAGGAUAUCCAAGGUAUGCCGGGCACGCCGGGUGGGCUAUGCUUGCGAAUCUCUCAGUUUAUUUUCGCUGCGGCAGCGCUGUCAAUCAUGGCUUCCACCAGUGAUUUCCCUUCUGUCACCGCUUUCUGUUACCUUGUUGCGGCUGCGUGCUUACAGAGUCUAUGGAGCUUCUCACUAGCUAUUGUUGAUGUGUAUGCUCUCCUAGUGAGGCGGUCGUUGCAGAACCAUCGAGUUGUCACUCUGUUUACAAUUGGCGAUGGGGUAACUUCCACGCUUAUAUUUGCCGCAGCAUGUGCAUCAGCAGGGAUCACGGUGCUUAUUGAUAAUGAUCUUGGUAGUUGUUCACGAAAUCACUGUGUACAGUUCGAAACCGCUACAGGCAUGGCUUUUGUUUGUUGGUUUACCACUAUCCCAUCAUUUCUCCUUAACUUCUGGUCCAUGGCGUCCCAAUAAAACAAUUAAAAAUGACACUCACAAAUCUGUAAAGCUUAUAAAGUGUGGCAAUUUGUAUUUAACAUAUAUUGCCUUGUACAUUUUUGCAACUCAUCUUCUUUAGAGCUUGGCUGCCUUUCGAUUCUGUAUAAAUUGUUGCAUUUUGAUAUAUGCACGCGAGGCAUAUGCAUGGGAAAUGGCCGGUUUGGAUCAAGAUGGAUACUUUUGGUGGAUGGCGUUUUCUGUGGAAACUCUGUAAAGUUAUCCUUCGUGGAGAGAUUUGUUACAUAUUUUAUAUGUCAAAUAAAAACAUGAACGAAAGCCAAUUGGUGAGAGUUUUCUUCAGCAGCUGAUAAUUUCCGAUUAUUGUUCAGCUUCAGCAGAUGCUAUCGAUGUUGGAAGUGCUGGAGAACUUAUUCGUAGCCAACAGGACAUAAAUCAUCAAAAUUUCACCUGGAGGUUGAUUUGGACAAAAAGGCGGGAUGGAGAAAGAAUCAGUAAUUUCUGUGUUUGUAACUUGUAAGUCAACAAGUUUCCUAUAUUUACCCCUACAUUCUUACAUUCGAGUCGAUUGGGUAAAAGAAAGGCGUAGAAUACGUCAAAUGAAUUUUCAUACAAUCAAAGAAAGCAAGUGUUACUAUCAGCAGCAAUAAUUCUCAAGCCGCCCCCUCUUGGACGUGCAGAUCCCUGAUGAAAUGACAAACCAAGUAAAAAUCCAGCCAUUUAAAGAACCAACUUGAAAGGAUGAAUCACAAACUGCAGAUAACUUGGGAAAUUCUGCACACAACGCCCUUGGUCUCAUUCGGACUCAUAAGGUGAUGUCGCUAUAACAGUUGUUUCCGGCCUGAUUUGAAAAGAUGAAGAAUGGCAACGACUGCAAAUUGCUGUCUAAAGGAAAAGCUUAAAAAACGAACAAGGGAAUAUGUCUCCUUGAGAUAAUAGGUUAUUUAAUGUGAUAACACGGAAACAAGAAGGCACCAAUGAUGCGUCACAGAGAGCUGCAAAGGGAAGCACUAACCACAUCUCCAUAUUCAGUACUACCACCUUAUUACCUGCCACUGAUAUUCUUAUUGGCUGCAAAAUUUCUGUCUUUAGAAAAAUUGUUCUAAUGAAAUGUUGUGCGAACACAAUUUUUCCUUCA